AUGGCGUGGCCGCAUGCGCGCGAGUGGCGCGACGCGCGGGCCAGGAGCAGCGUGUCGCGGCAGGCGGUGCAGCGAGCGUGCGGGAAGGCGAGGUCGUGCUGGGGCGUGCGCGCCGAGCGGGCUGCGAAGCGGCUCGGGGGCGGCAGGGUGCCCGGGCCAGAGGGAGGGGAGACUCGCACGGGAGGGGGCAGGUCUGCACAAGUCAUGGAGGACAAAAACUUGCUGCUGAAAUACCUAGAUGUCGCGUACGACUCUGAUGAAGAGAUGGAUAUGGAGCUCGAUGAAAUGGAGGAAGUGAUGUCCGUGAUGUUCGUCAUGGAGGAGCAGCAGCACAUGAUCCCCAGAGCUCCCCAGCUGCCACGCGAUGUUGUUUGUCGUAACUUCAAAGAGGGCCAUGACAGGAUAUGGGCACACUACUUUGCGCCGAACCCAGUGUUUCGUAUGGCAAGGCAUGUGUUCAAUAGGAUAGUAGAUGCAGUCAAGCUUGUGGACAAGGAGUUCGUUCAGCGACAUGACUGCACUGGGCUCAUGGGAUUGAGCAGUUUACAGAAGUGUGUUGCCUCCAUUCGGAUCCUAGCAUAUGGACUCCCAGCUGAUGCUGUGGACGAGUAUAUCCAAAUUGGUGACUCCACUGCUCUAAAGGCAAUGCGGCAUUUCUGUAGAGCUAUUAUCAAAGCCUUUGGUGCAACCUAUCUCCGUGCACCAAAUCAGCAGGAUAUAGCUCGGCUACUUGCUGAAGGGGAGAGUCGGGGAUUUCCUGGCAUGCUAGGAAGUAUUGAUUGUAUGCAUUGGGAGUGGCGUAACUGCCCAACAGCGUGGAAGGGUCAGUUCACUGGAAUAUACAAGAAGCCGUCCAUGAUCCUUGAGGCUGUCGCUGAUCACAAGCUUUGGUUUUGGCAUGCGUACUUUGGCAUGCCCGGUAGCUGCAAUGACAUCAACGUGGUUCACCGCUCGCCGCUCUUCUCCCGAUACAUGGAGGGUCAGACAGCCCCUGUAAACUUCAACGUGAAUGGAAGGGCGUACGACACGGGUUAUUACUUGGCUGAUGGUAUAUACCCCGACUGGAUUGCCUUUGUCAAGAGUGUGCGUCAGCCUAUGGAGAGGAAGACACAUCAUUUCGCAGCUCAGCAAGAAUCAGCCCGAAAGGACAUCGAGAGAGCUUUUGGUGUCCUGCAAGCAAGAUGGGCAUUGGUUCGAGGGCCAGCUUAUGGUUGGGACAAGCGAGCAAUUGGUGAAAUAAUGAAAGCUUGCAUUAUCAUGCAUAACAUGGUAGUCGAAGACGAGGGCGACGGCGCCAUGAACACCAACUUCGACAGCCUUGGGGACCUUGCAGAUCUUCGGACAGGCAUCCUUGCACAGCGAGAUGCUUUUGUGAGAGCGCAUCACAAGCUCCGGAACCGUGAAGUUCAUGGUCAGCUGCAGGUAGACCUGAUAGAGCAUCAAUGGACUCGUCUUGGUGCUAGGUUGAGGUCUAAUGGAGCUACAAUGUGA